AUGAUUCUAUUAGAUUACGAAGAAGAGAGUGGGUACCGUGAGUUUAGACCUCACUAUCCUAAGAGGCAAAGAUUGCCUCCGGUAGUUCUGCUAUGUAAGGAUAUGAUGCCUGAUAUCAGAACCAUGGGGGAAUCUGCGAAGGCAUUCCCUGAGGAUAUCAAAUUUUUGAGUGAAGCUAUUGUUCAUGAGUUUGGUAACGAUGAAUAUUUCAACAAUGCGCUUUUGAAGACUUUCCGUGCGGUUGUGUUGGAACAGCCUCAUAAGCAACCUGGUAUUGCGCUUCUUAUCAUGGUGCUAAACUCUUUUAAGCCUGAGAUUGGUAAAAGCGUACUAAACUACUUCUUUGACCAGUUACAGGAACUAAUGAAUUCGAGCCACGAUGCGAGCUAUGAGACUCAAUCGCACGACACGGGCCCAUGGAACAAGGCCAAACUGAUCUUGAGACUGUUAUCCAUCAUGUCGCCAAUGAUUUCGCCAGAUGACUUGAUUGGGUUGUACAAGAAAUUCUUUGAGUUUGCCAUCGAAUUGAACAAUGCGUCUGACGCGAAGAGAUCGCCUUUGUCCGAGGCUAUUUACACCAACACUUUGUUGAACGUGCCAUAUUUGUUCUAUUUCAGCUCCGAACAUCAAGAGACUCUAAAGGGUAUGGUUGAAGAGUUGCUUGCGUCUGUGGAAAGUGACUACCACAUCAAAGAUACCGAUUUGGAAUUGUUGAAGCCUUACAACAAGAACUCUCCAUACGAGCCAGUCCACUGGGUUAAAGCUAUUCUAUCCAAUGUGAAAAAUGCGUUGGCAAAUGAUAUGCAACAGGUACGCGAUUUGUUCCUGAAUUACGAUUCUUUGUUGGCCAAACAGGAAACGGUUCAUUCUUUUAACGAACCGCUAAAUCUUCCAACGCUAGAACAAAUUGCAGAGUUUGCAGGGCUUGACAAGGGUUUCGGCUCAGUGGACAGUCUAUGGAAAACUCCAAGAUACUCUUUUGAAGUAUAUUUGCCAAACAGUGUUGGCCCUUUCGCCACUGUGAUACCAAUUACCACAUAUGCCGGUAUGCUAUUCCAAGAUAUUCUUAUUGAUAUUAUCGAAAGCAUGGAGUUCAACAGAAUUGAAGUUGCUAGACAAUUGGUUACCAUUGACCUUUUCUUCAAGUCAGGAAUCUUCACUGAACCAGGUCUCUCUGUAGCGCAAUUGCUGGAACAGUUUGAAGAAAACCCAACUGCAAGCACGUUCAAGAUUGAAGAUUUGGCUGUCGGUGCUAUUUUAGAGUUGACAUUUAAGCUACCUACCGUUUCUCAAUCUUUCGCUUACUUUUACUCCUUGUUGGUGGAGAUUUGUAAAAACUCGCCAAAGGCAAUUGCUCCUGUAUUUGGUAGGGCAUUCAGAUUCUUUUACAACAACUUGGACAAACUAGAUUUUGAGUUAAAGGCUAGAUUCUUGGACUGGUUCUCAAUUCAAAUGAGUAACUUCAACUUCUCUUGGAAAUGGAAUGAAUGGGAAAACGACUCGAUCCAAUGGGGUCAAACUACAACUUACAAUCCAAGAAUGAUCUUCAUUAAGAACUUGAUUAGAAAGGAGCUAAGAUUGACUUCCAACUCUGCAGAUGUUGAAGAAAGUGUCACAGAUGAAUUCCAAAAAUACAUGAACCCAUCCUUUAUCACUAGAGACAAUUUAAUCAACUACUACGCAUCCCUUUUCAAAGAUGAAUUUGUGUUGGAUGAAUCUGACCUACGCAACAACGAGUUGUACUUCAGAUCGCCAUCCUUCCCAUUCCACGAAGAUGUAACAAGACUACUUGACUUCUUCCACAAGCAACCAGAUACCAGAACAGUGGGAGAAUUGGAGGACAUAUUAAAGGACAUAACUGAAUCUAACAGCGCAAUCAUCCAAGACGUGAACAGAUUUGCUGUUACCUUAUUGAUUCAAACCGUUGUCUUUUGCGGUAGCAGAUCUUUAUCGCAUGCGAAUAAGUAUAUUGACGAUUCCAAGAAAGAACUUGCAGCUGUGCUAGACCAACUCGAAGUAUCGCAAGAGAUCAAGGACCAAUGGAUAUGUGAAGCUGUUGUUAGAUAUUGGGAUAGUAACUCUCAAACGGGUUAUUUGAUCUUAGAUUCGUUCAGAUACAAUGGACUAGUUUCCAACAAGGCUGUUUUGAACUUUUCUUUGACUGAGCAAUACGGUGUGAACAUGAGUCUUGUUGACUCUACCUCUAUCGAAUCGAUCUUUAGACUACUAAACGAAAUGGCUGUGACAGAAGAUAAGAAUGUUGAAUUGUUUGAGUACGUUUUCAACAGGCUAGUUGCGGCUGCCAAUACCGUUGUUGGUGAAAUUGGUACUGCUGAUCCUAUUGUGGCACCAGAUUUAGAGUCAGAAAUCCAAACAACAGAACAAGAAUUACCAUUGCUAGAUCUUGCAUGGAAAUACGAAGGGAUAAUGUCCUUCCUAAAGAGUAUAUUGAGAAAGUAUGCUGAUGAAUACUCUGUUCUGACUGAACAAUUUAUUGGCAACGCUAUGCAAAGUAUAACUCAUGAGCCAACCAAGCAACAGUUGAGCAGAUAUAUCUCUGAAGUUUCUCAAUUAUAA